CCGCGCACCCCGGCUGCGGGCCGAGCCGGCCGCUGCCGCCGGGCGCAGAGACAUGGCCCAAAGCCUCUCCCGGGAGCUCCGUGGCUGCACGGGUUAAGGCGUGCUGGGGAGAGGUGGAAAAGUUGCUGUUGGAUUUCACUUCAAGGGACCGGACAGAAAGCGGCGAAAUGGAUGACUUCCCCUCCAUCUGCCUGCUGUCCCUGGCCAUGCUGGUUGCCUGCUAUGUGGCAGGAAUUAUCCCCUUGGCGGUUAAUUUUUCCGAGGAGAGAUUGAAGUUGGUGACUGUUCUGGGUGCUGGGCUCCUGUGUGGAACUGCCUUGGCUGUCAUUGUGCCAGAAGGAGUACAUGCACUUUAUGAAGACAUUUUGGAGGGAAAGCAUCACCCAGCGGGCGAGAUGCAGCACGCGAUGGAGUCCGAGAAGGUAGCAAAAAUCCCAGCAGUACAUGAGCAUGGCCACGACCAUUCCCGGUUGCACGCCUACAUUGGUGUGUCCCUUGUUCUUGGAUUUGUCUUCAUGCUGUUGGUGGAUCAGAUAGGCAGCUCUCAUGUGCACUCUACAGAUGAUCCAGAAGCUGCAAGAUCAGGCAACUCCAAAAUCACCACAACACUGGGAUUAGUAGUCCAUGCUGCAGCUGAUGGCGUUGCAUUGGGUGCAGCAGCUUCUACUUCUCAGACUAGUGUCCAGUUGAUAGUGUUCGUUGCAAUUAUGUUGCACAAGGCACCAGCUGCCUUUGGCCUGGUUUCCUUCCUGAUGCACGCUGGGCUUGAACGGAAUCGAAUCAGAAAACACUUGCUGGUCUUUGCAUUAGCAGCACCUGUUAUGUCAAUGGUGACAUACUUAGGGCUAAGCAAGAGCAGCAAAGAAGCCCUUUCAGAAGUCAAUGCCACUGGAGUUGCUAUGCUGUUUUCUGCUGGGACUUUCCUUUAUGUUGCCACAGUUCAUGUUCUCCCAGAAGUGGGAGGAAUUGCUCAUAGCCACAAACCUGAAUCAACUGGAGGAAAAGGACUCAGUCGUCUGGAGGUGGCAGCCCUAGUAUUAGGAUGCCUUAUUCCUCUAGUUUUGUCCAUUGGACAUCAUCACUAAACACUCAAAUUUCAAUGUUCUCCUCGAUAAGACAUGAGCAGUAAAUGUCUGCUGCUCCCUUUAUCAUUCUUUUACCCAUCAUUCAUCCCAUCCACUUUAUGGAGUUCAGAGGGAAUCUUGAUUGCAAAAUGAGGAAUAUUGGGAAAGUUUUUAGUGUAGCAAAAUGUACUUUGGCAGCCGGACACAAAUUAUAUGUAACUUUCUUUUCUGAAGACAUUUGCUAUUUUAAUUGUUACUUCUGGCCCUAUUCUCAGGGAAGAUGGAACUUGAAGUUUAAGAAAGGUGAGCAGGGAAGAACAGAGCAACUCUUCACGAAAUUGCAAUCACCAAAGUAUCCUGCAGUUCAGUUUUUACAGCUGAGAGCAAAACCCAAGGAUGGCUGUGUUGUGAGAGGUUGAAGUCUCACUAAUGAAGAAGGGGGCUCUCCCCCAUUGGUUCUGUGUUGUCCUGGCAAUGCAACUGGCCUUUGUGAUGCUUGUCACUAAUUGUAUUGCAGAAAUGGGCUACACUGGGAACUCUGUAUAACACUGCUAUUGUCACAGAAGUGUCACUUGAUAGGAAAGAAAUUAUGUAGACAAUGUAUAGGAUUAGAGGAAAAAAUCAGCUGUUUAAGAAAGUGCAAAUGAGUUUUGCAGUGUAUUCCAUCAUUUAAGACAAAGGAUAGAAGCAAGGAGAAUAGUGUUUUGAUUGUUUAUUCAAUUGUUAAUAAAUUCUAAAACGCAGUGUUUCUUGGGAGAUAGUCUUCUGCCCAGUCAGUCAAAUGUUAAGCACCAAAAAUGUCAGGAGGAGUUAUGUAUUGGCUACUGAGAUACACUAAUACUUCUGUUGAGAGAGAUACUCAUAGUGCCCUUUGAAAUAGAGCUGUUCUGGGCUCUGAGUAGUAGAAAUCUGAUGGAGACAGCUGUUGAGGGACCAGAGAACUUUAUUAGCUCAUUUUCAAAAAUCUGAACUGCUGAAAUCCGUGGAGGACUGUGUGGGUUUUUCACUAAAUAAAGGUAUUACGGCUAACAAAACAAGAUGUUUAGUUAAAUAUUUAUGCUGCAGAUAGAAUACAAAGUGUUUCUAAAGGAGUUCUGAACAACAAAAACUCAAACCCACCAAAAACCAAUCUGGUGGGUUCCCAGUGGACCUGUUAGACAUUUUGCUUUUCCUUUGGUAGUUGUUCAUUUGCCUCUUACUGAUAAGUAUUAAUUCUGGUGAAUCUACUGGAGGACUUUCUGCCAAUUGCUGAUGUCUCUCACUAUAGAGGAGUGGUAAAAGAUCCCUCCAUUUUCAAGGCACAGCUUUGUCUUACCAGGCACCAUUUCCCUUAUGCAAAACAUGUUAUACUCUAAUGUGCAUUGAAAAGUCAGGAAUGCUUGACAUGCACAGAAUCAGCAUAAAAUUCAUUCUUUAGGGGAAAACUUUUUAAUGCUGGUCCCCUUUUAAGCUAUACUUUUUCUGCACUUUUUGAAGAUAACAUUGCCAAACCUAUUUUUCUUUCUUCUAUUCUUAAUUUUAAAAAUCUUGAAGAAAUAUCUUCUUAACUGAAGUGCUUCUUGUUUUCAUAUGAAUGACUGUGACUGUUUGUCAUGGCAUUUAUUACUUAAUCUGCAGAGCCCAUUGUGCCUCAUAACUUCUUUGCAUUUUUAUUAUUGUCCUGUUUGUCUGUUAGUUCAGAGAGUAAUGGGUAUGGCCUGGCUCUUGGACUCGUGAUGGCUUUGUCUGUUGGCUCUGUAACAAUACUGAUGUAUCCAAGGAUUGAACCUAGUAUUGAUUCCCAGGAGUGCUUGGUCAUUUGUGUGUUUUACUAUGUAAGAUCAAUGCAAAAUUAUUAGAAGUCAUAUUUUCCCAUAAGACAGUGUUUUCAGAUAGAAUUAGUGCUUCAGGCCUAAACAAGCAUUUUUAAAAAAUAUUAGACCUUCAAUAUUGUGUUCUGAAAAGCCACUGCAAAUUUAAUGAUGUGAAUGGGAUCCUGUUUUUCGAUUUUUUUUUUUUUGUCUGCUUUGGUUUUGGGAUUUUUACAACAUAUGUAAUGCAGCUGGCAAGUUACUGGUUUAAAAAGCUCAGCAGGACAGGUUCCUAACGCAUGCAAAUGAUACAUAGGGAUGUUUACUCUGGAGUUCUGUUCUUCCUGAUUCCCCCCUAAUGACCUUCUUCCCUGAUAAUCUCACUAUUUUACCAUGUUUAAUCUUUCCACGUAGCCAUUUCCAUAAGCUGCAGGGUUUGCAAGGGCAGGAGAUAGGUUAAAGAAUAAACACUUACUACUUUAUGAAAUGCAAGCGCCUAGUGCUACACUAAACUGUGUCCUGUCACUUGCAUGUGCAUCCCACCCUGGGAGUUGACACCCUGCCUGAAUUCCCCCUUCAGCCUCACUUACAAAGUGUAACAAUGGCAGAGAUUGACAGAGGCUUCCCAUUCCAUACUUUUUGUUCCUGGCUGAAGCAUGUGGAUAGUACCUUUUUACAUGGAUCAGUGUGUAUUGCUGAGGGUGUGGCAGCCAGACUUUUCACUGCUGACAUAACCUUGGUGUAUUAAUCACUGCUGAGACGUCUUGUCAUCUUUCCAUUUUUCUGUCCUUCACAUCAUGUUUCCAGUUUCUGGGGCAUCCAUCAGAAAUGGUAGUACUCAGUUUAAUUAUUAAUGAAGUAUAGAGGCCAGGUUAUAGCAGCAGGUGAAGGAAUUUGAAUGAAAACAUUGGCAACUCAAAAUUUGCACAAAAAUUCCAAAAACGUAUAUUUUGGAAUUUGGUUAAGUGACUGAAGACUUCGGUGAUUUUUAUUUUUUCUUCUACCCAUUUAGAAUUAGCCAGAGCAGUUGUUUUGGCUGCCUGUUAUCACUGAAUGAUUAUUUGCAAAUCUGACUGAAGCUGCAGUGACCGAAGAAGCUUUUGGUUAUGUUGAUAUGGAAAAUGUAAAAUUUUAUAUUAUCAAACCUUUCCAAAUUUUUAGUACCAAAUGGAGGAUUAUUUUCUCGACAUAGAGUAUUUUAAUGAGUUAAAUUAAAUGGUCCAUUUUAUUAUAGCCCUUUCUUUGUACCUGUCUCCCCAUCUGUCACAGUAAAUACAAGCAUUGCAUGUAGUCAGGGCCAUCUGGUAUCAUUUUCUACUCCUCUGGAGACCUUGGUGCAAACAAAUUCCGCUUAUUCUCUCUGUAAUAGCAUCUGCCCAUUUUUAUUUCUAUGAGAUACGUGGCAGUAGGUCUAGCAGGUAAAUGCUUAAACCAAGUGCUAGCCAUGUCCCACUUUCCUUCUGUAAGUUGCCCUAGAAAAUCUAUAAUCUUCUCAUCACCUGUUUCUUUUCAGUUAAUGAUUUCCUAAUUGGCAAUAGGAAUUGGACUAAAGCUGUUACUGAUGAUCCUCAUGUCUUCAGGUACUUCCCCUACUGUUCUAAUGCUUUUAUUGUACCUUAUAUAAAGAAGGGAAAUAUCUCUUUUUCAGCGUCAGUGACAGAGGCAGAGGCAGAAGCUGUGCUGGCAUUAACUUAAGGAUGGCAGAGCUGUCACACCACAACGGGAUUUUUUUAUUGUUUUGGCUUGUAAGAUGGCUGGGUGUUAAACAUGGAAAACCCACUGUUAAGUCCAAUGAACUAUUUCCAGGUGGAGUAUAUAAAAGGCUAAUCUUACCCAAGAGGCCCAGGAAAACCUCUGUGUUUAUUCAGGAACUAGUUCAGAGCCUUCAAGGAGCUUUUGACAGCAGCAGGUGUGUCCAUGUGGUAUCAGCUGAUUGCAGAAAAGAGAGAGAUGUGGAAUUAAUGCUCCUGCUGCUCCCUUUCUGUUCUGUGCUGGCCCUUGGGAAAAGAGGAGGAAAGUGUACUUGUAUUCUAUUGAGGGUGGAAGGAGUCGAAGUGAUUGCAGUGUGGUGGGGGAGUUUAUGAUGAAUAUCGGAUUCUUUACCACAAAUUUCAGAUUCCUGUUCGCAUCAAACUUAUUUUAAAAAUAUUUUUUUUCCUUACUGUUAUAUCUCUUAGCAGCCUUGGCUUUCCAGGGAAAAACAUUGUGUGGUCAUUGCUGUUUACCUUACAUGUUUCUCCAUGUAUGGAACUAUAAUUUUAAUGUCUUUUUUCCAAACCAUUUGUACACAAAAUCAUUCCAUGAAUGGCUGCCUUAUAAUUUUUCCACUUAAAUUGUGAAUGGUUAAAAUAAUAUUGCCGUUUUCAAUUUGUUUUAUUAUAUUAAAUUUUUACUAGGUGCA